CUUAUUACAUACUUUCUAGAACCUUUACAUUCUGAAAGGAAUCAAAAGUAUUUUGAAGCUUAACGUUUAAACGAAAAUAUUAAUUUUCUUUUAUGAAUAAAUUGUGUGUCAGACUUUGUUCAUCGUCACGCCCUACUGCAGUUUUCAAUGAACGUACUAUCGUAACCCACAUCCCUGAUAUCGUUAUCGUGUCAUUUAGUAUUGCUGAGAAUGAAGUAAGCAAAGUUGAAUGAAGUGUACGUCGGAAAUCAAUCGUAAUUCCUGAAUGAACGGCUCUUCCAUUCACCUUAUUGAGUACUAUUUCUUCUCAAUCUUGUUUCAUACUUAUCUUACUGGGCUGGUAAUUUGAAACUAGCUGCCUGAUUCUCUUUCGUGAACAUUUCAAUUUUAUGAAAGUUUGGAGAAAGGAAAAACAGCGCCCGGAAUAUGGGCAUAGAAUUAUUUCUCGAGGUAGAAGAUCUGGUACCAAAAUUGCAGAAAAACAUAGUAUGCCUCUCGCACUGAUAUCAGAUCCUUGGCAGCGUAUGCAAAUUCAGGAUGCUGAUGGAGCCGAGUUAUUUGUGAGUAACCAGCUUACAACAGUUAGCUGCCCCACAUCAAUUGAUGACAAAAAAUAUACUGCUCAGGCAGAAAAUAUGGCAGCAGAGGAAACAUUUGAGGAUGCCCCUCAACAGACUGAAGACAUGGAUACAAAUGAGGUAGUAGAAGGUUUACAUGAAAUAGAAUUAACUAACAUAACUAAAGAAGGCUAUCCUAAAGGAGCACCAGACCAGUUCAAAUUAUUACAAGUCCUUGGUCAAGGAUCUUUUGGGAAGGUCUUUUUAGUAAAGAAAAUAGUAGGACCUGAUUCAGGUAGUUUAUAUGCCAUGAAAGUUUUAAAGAAAGCAACAUUGAAAGUAAGGGACAGAAUGCGGACAAAAAUGGAACGUGACAUACUUGCAGAUAUUAGGCACCCAUUUAUUGUAAAGUUACAUUAUGCUUUCCAGACUGAAGGAAAAUUAUAUUUAAUUCUAGAUUUUUUAAAAGGAGGAGAUCUUUUUACAAGGCUCAGCAAAGAAGUGAUGUUCACUGAAGAAGAUGUUAAAUUUUAUUUAGCUGAGUUGGCUCUUGCAUUAGAUCACCUCCAUAGUCUUGGCAUUAUAUAUCGAGAUUUAAAGCCUGAAAAUAUUCUUUUGGAUGCUGAUGGUCAUAUUAGUCUCACUGAUUUCGGUUUGUGUAAGGAAGCCCUCAGUGACCAAAAAGCUUAUUCCUUUUGUGGUACAGUUGAGUAUAUGGCACCUGAAGUUAUUAAUAGGAAAGGUCAUACAACUGCAGCUGAUUGGUGGUCUUUUGGUGUGCUUAUGUUUGAAAUGUUAACUGGUGCCUUGCCAUUUCAAGGAGCUAAUCGAAAAGAAACAAUGAUGCAGAUCUUAAAGGCUAAACUGGGGAUGCCUCAGUUUUUAAGUCCUGAAGCUCAGAGUCUUUUGCGUGCGUUGUUUAAAAGAAAUCCUGCCAACAGAUUGGCAUCUGGUCCAAAUGGUAUUGAAGAUAUGAAAGUCCAUCCAUUUUUUGGAACAAUUGAUUGGGUGAAACUGUACAACCGAGAAACUAAACCACCAUUUAUUCCUGCAGUUUCUAGAUCAGAUCAUACCGCUUACUUUGAUAAGGAGUUCACUACUCGAACACCAGAAGAUUCUCCCGGUUGUCCCCCGAGUGCCACAGCACACGAACUUUUCCGAGGAUUUAGUUUUAUUGCUCCUAGUCUGGAUGAAAAUAGUGCCAUGAAUAGUGAAAAUAAUCAGAAAAAUCAAGUUUGUAAACCUGAAAGAAGUUUUGUAGUGAAGGAAUUUGUAUUUAAAGAAUAUGAAUUUAAAGAAGAGCUCGGCAGAGGCUCAUAUUCAUUAUGUAAGAAAUGUAUAUAUAAAGAAAAUGGAAAGGAAUAUGCUGUAAAAAUAAUAGACAAAUCUAAAAGAGACUGUGAUGAAGAAGUGGAAAUUCUUUUAAGAUACGGACAGUAUCCAAAUAUUGUUACGCUAUAUGAUGUUUACGAGGAUGCCUCUUCUGUUUAUCUCAUAAUGGAAUUAUUGCAAGGUGGGGAGUUGUUAGAUAAAAUUCUGAGUAAAAAGUAUUUGAGUGAAAGAGAAGCAAGCUCAGUCUUAGAAGUCAUUGCUAAAACUGUGAAGUAUCUUCAUGACAAUGGGGUUGUACAUCGAGAUUUAAAGCCAUCGAAUAUUAUGUAUGCCGAUCAGUCAGGAAAUCCUGAGUCUUUAAGAAUAUGUGAUUUUGGAUUUGCUAAGCAAAUACGGGCCGAAAAUGGCUUGCUGAUGACUCCAUGUUACACAGCUAACUUUGUUGCUCCCGAGGUCCUAAAAAAGCAAGGCUACGACGAAGCAUGUGAUAUAUGGAGCAUGGGUGUUUUAUUAUAUACAAUGCUUGCAGGUCAUACUCCAUUUGCUUAUGGACCAUCCGAUAAGACGAAUGAAAUUUUGUCGAGAAUAGGUGAAGGUCGCUUUGAUUUAGCAUCAGGAAACUGGGUUAAUAUAACUACAGCUGCAAAACACUUAGUACAAAAAAUGUUGCAUGUUGAUCCAAAGCAGAGGUAUAAAGCAGCAGAUGUUUUAAAUCAUGCAUGGAUAAUCAACAAAGAUCAACUUCCUAAUUGUCAGCUGGCACUACAAGAACCUUCUAUUGUUAAG